AUGAUGGAACUCGGCCAGACAGUGAGUAGUCUCUUCGCCGCCAUCGCCAGUAACGCUUCCGAGGGAGAAUUUCCGGCUGAGGACGUGCCCGGUGGCCACCGGGCGGCUCCAUCGCUUCCGCAACACCAGCAGUACCAACCGCAGUACCUGUUCGCAAACGACAGUCUGACGGGGGACGGCAACGUACCGGAAGAGUACGGGACGAACCCGAUCUGCAUCAUCCUGCCGAUAACGAUCUUCUACUGCUUCAUCUUCGUGGCUGGCAUCGUCGGCAACCUGUCCAUCUGCAUCGUGAUUGCGAAGAACAAGUCGAUGCACACCGCCACCAACUACUAUCUGUUCAAUCUGGCCGUGUCGGACUUUCUGCUGCUGCUGUUCGGAAUGCCACUGGAGCUGUACGGAACCUGGAACCCGUUCGCGUACCCCUUCAACCAGAUUGCCUGCAUCAUCACGGGGCUACUGUCGGAAACGGCGGCCAACGCCACGGUCCUCACCAUAACUUCGUUCACCGUCGAACGCUACAUCGCCAUCUGUCAUCCGUUCCGAUCCCACACCAUGUCGAAGCUAUCGAGAGCGAUCAAGUUUGUGAUUGUCAUCUGGCUGGUCGCGUUUGGGUUGGCCACGCCGCAAGCCCUGCAGUUUGGCAUCGUGGAAAGCAACAACAGCCGGCUAUGUACGAUAAAGAAUCAACAUUUUGUCCAUGCGUUCGAGGUGUCCAGCUUCCUGUUCUUCGUCGGUCCGAUGACGCUGAUAGCGGUCCUGUACGUGCUGAUUGGAAUAAAGCUCCGGAAGAGUAAGCUGUUGCAGGGCGUGAAACGGGCCUCGUCCGAUUACACCGCACCACCCCGGGGUGUGAGCGCCCAGAGUCGUGUCAUCCGAAUGCUGGUGGCCGUGGUCGCAACGUUCUUCAUUUGCUGGGCACCGUUCCACGCCCAGCGUCUGAUGGCGGUGUACGGUGCCUUCAGUAAGACGGACAACGUCUUCUUCUACCGCAUGUACAUGGCCCUCAACUACAUCUCCGGUAUACUGUACUUCCUGUCUACCUGCAUCAAUCCACUGCUGUAUAACAUCAUGAGCCACAAGUUCCGGGACGCGUCAAGGCACACGCUGAAGAUGAGCUGCUGCGGUGAUCAUCGAGCCAAAUCGGAUGGCCAGCAGCAUACGUACAGCGCUGUUUCGCGGUACGGCGUCACCGGUGGCGGUUCGUUCAAGGUGCACUCCAACCACAUGGCCUGCUUCGGAACCGCCAACGCGCUGGGAACGGUUGGUAAUGCCGGCACGAUGGCCUCAUCAGUUACCCCCUCGGGAAAGCUACUCGGCACUGCCGUCUCACAGACGCACUUCCUGCAGGAAUCCAACAUGUCGCUGCUGGUGAAUGAACGGAGUCCCUGCAAGGCGGCGGUCCAUUCUGUGUCCGUCCACCCGCCGGUGUCGAUACGACCUACGUACACCCGAGCCGAUUCGCAUUGCGUCUCGAUCAGCAGCAGCCAAUCGACGACCGGUACGAACCUGAGCAGCAACGGUAAGCAUAGUCGCAGCUCGAACGGAUCGCUCCGGAAUGCUGGCACUGCUCCUGACUGCGAACCAACUGGCGGUCGUUUAUCGACCAUCGCUGAAAAGCUCCGUCGUGGUACAAAAAAGGUGCUGGCCUUUAGCAAAUCCCCUGUCAGUACACCGUGCAAGUCGGCUUCUGGGAAUGGAGCUUCGGUCGGGUGUGACGUAGUAUCGAAUGGUGCGGAUGCCACCGGGCGACGAAAAGCGUACCGCAAGCGGCACAGCUGCGACAGCGUCGACACCAACACGAUCAGCAACUCGAGCCUGAAGGAGUUCGACGAGGACGAGUUUAGCAGCGCCGAGCUGGCUCGGUUCAUGGGCGAAGUGAACAGUGAGAUACGCUAG